AUGAAAAGAAAAGCAUUGAGAAAUACUUUCAGAGAAGAGGGUACCGAAAACGAGAAACCCCCAUACAGCUAUGUAGCUCUGAUCGCUAUGGCCAUCGAGGCAUCACCAGAAAAACGGCUUACACUCAGUCAAAUUUACAAGUUCAUCGAUGCCAAAUUCCCAUACUAUCGAUCAGCUGAUCCAAAACGUCGUCAAGGUUGGCAAAACAGUAUUCGUCAUAAUCUGUCACUGAACGAUUGCUUCUUAAAAAGGGCUCGCGAUGGAAUGAGCCAUGCAAACGACCGUAAAGGCAAUUAUUGGACGUUGGCAGCCGACUGUACACCAAUGUUUGACAACGGAAAUUAUAAGCGAAGGUAUGUCAAAAAUUCCAUCGAAGUUCAGACGUUUCCAAAAUCGAUACCGAAGUUGUUGUUUUUCCUGAUCUUCUCUACUUUUUUAAAACUCUUACUCAGAAUUGAUGAGUAA